UUCAUGAUAAUAUUAAGUGCAGACCAAAGCUCAUGCUGCCGGUAUAUACUGUUGGUUAAUGUAAUCUGCCGGUGUGAAGUUUUAUGUGUUGUGUAUUAUUUAACAAAGAUUCUGUUAAAUAAAUAAGAAAUUUAAUUAUAAUUCAAAACAAUGAAAUAUAUUUUAGUGACUGGUGGUGUUAUUAGUGGUGUAGGAAAGGGUGUUAUAGCCAGUUCUUUUGGCACAAUAUUGAAACAUUGCGGUAUUCAAGUGACUUCUAUCAAAAUAGAUCCAUACAUAAAUAUAGAUGCUGGUACUUUUUCACCGUACGAGCAUGGAGAAGUUUAUGUGCUUGACGAUGGUGGAGAGGUAGAUCUAGAUUUGGGAAAUUAUGAACGUUUCUUAGACAUUAUAUUGCACAAGGAAAAUAAUAUUACUACGGGAAAAAUUUAUCAACAUGUUAUUACCAAAGAAAGAAAAGGCGAUUAUUUGGGCAAGACAGUACAAGUUGUUCCACACAUUACUGAUGCUAUUCAAGAAUGGGUUCAAGAAGUUGCCAAUAAAUCAGUAUCGGAAGAUGGUGAUAAACCAGAUGUCUGUAUCGUUGAAUUGGGUGGAACAAUUGGAGAUAUCGAAGGGAUGCCAUUUGUAGAAGCUUUUAGGCAAUUUCAAUUCAAAGUUAAAAGGGAAAACUUUUGUUGCGCUCAUGUUUCCUUAGUUCCACAGCCACAAUGUACUGGAGAAUCAAAGACUAAACCAACUCAGUCGAGUGUAAGAGAAUUGCGUGGUCUAGGAUUAUCUCCUGAUCUAAUAGUUUGUCGAUCUGAAAAGCCAAUAGGCAACGCAAUCAAAGACAAGAUCUCAAGUUUUUGUCAUGUACAGCCAGAUCAAGUUAUUACUAUCCAUGAUUUGUCAUCUAUUUAUCGCGUACCUCUUCUUAUGGAAAAUCAAGGUGUUAUAGAAUUCCUUAGCGAUAGAUUACAAUUAAAUAUUUUGCCACGUCCACGUUAUUUUAUGCGUAAGUGGAAAGACUUGGCUGAUCGAAUUGAUCAUCUAAGAAAAGAUGUUAAUAUUGCUUUAGUAGGCAAAUAUACCAAAUUAGAAGAUUCAUAUGCCUCUGUUAUAAAAGCAUUACAACAUGCUUCUGUGCAAGUUGGCUAUCGUUUAAAUUUAACGUUUAUAGAAGCUGCUAAUCUAGAAAACUCCACCAAAUUAGAUAAUCCUGUUUUAUAUCAUGAAACUUGGCAAAAGCUUUGCAAAAGCAAUGGUGUGGUAGUUCCUGGUGGUUUUGGUAAAAGAGGCACAGAAGGAAAAAUAGAAGCAUGUAAAUGGUGCAGAACAAAUGAUGUACCAUUUUUAGGAAUUUGCUUGGGAUUGCAAGUCGCAGUUAUAGAAUUUGCAAGAAAUGUUCUAGAUAUUCCAACGGCUAAUAGUACAGAAAUUGACGCAAACACAACUGAUCCAUUUAUAAUAGACAUGCCAGAGCAUAAUCCAGGUCAGAUGGGUGGAACUAUGAGACUUGGAAAAAGAACUACUUAUUUUAAACUUGGUGAAAAUUCUAUUUUAAAACAAUUGUAUGGAAACAAAGAUUAUAUUGAAGAAAGACAUAGACAUAGGUACGAAGUAAAUCCACAAUACAUUAAAAUAUUAGAAGAUGCUGGAUUAACAUUUGUGGGUAGAGAUGAAAAUAAUGAUCGUAUGGAGAUAUUAGAAUUAUACGAAAAGAGUUAUUAUGUUGCUACUCAGUUUCACCCAGAAUAUUUAUCCAGGCCUUUAAAACCAUCGCCUCCUUUCUUAGGAUUAAUUUUAGCCAGUAUUGGUAAAUUAAAACAUUAUUUAGCAAAAGGAUGUAAAUUAUCGCCACGUGAACUCAGUGAUAACGAAUCUGAUUCGGAAUAUCUACUUGAUAUGACAAAAUUACAAUCAUCAUCCGAGACAAGUAACAGUGUUGUUUCUAGUAUUAAUGAUUAAUUCACAUAUAAUAUACAUUUUUGAAUAUAUGUUUAUAUAUUUUUAGUAAAUGUUUUAAAAAUAUGUAUUAUAUACUAUAUUUUAAAUGAAUAAGGUACUUAAUAUUCACUGUGAAAUUGAAAGGUUAUAGUACAUAGCACAUUUUUUUUGUAAAUUUUACAUUUGCAUAGAAAGUUUUUCCCUUAUUGCUGGCACUUUACUUGCCUGCAUACAAAUAUAUAAAAAAAAAUAUUUUCUUUUGCACUUCCAUUUGUGUCGAUAGAUUAUAUACAAAAAUGAUUUAAAAAUAGAGAGCGGUCUCCUUAUAUAUUAAUUUUAUAAUUUAAUACUCUUGUUUAACAAGUA